AUGAUAUUUUUGCAUCUGGGGCGAUUGAACCUUCCUCGCACUGUGUUAAAAAAAUUAUUUCAAAUGUUUCCGGAUAUGAGAUGCGUCAAGUGCUCCCACAUGAAAGAGAAACUCAAUAGCCUUCUCCAAUGGUUGGAGGCCUCCAAUAAUUUUUAUCUUAAUGAAUCUGUGGAGAUAUUUGAAACCAAUGAAUCCGGAAGAGGGGCACACUUAUGCUCUGGAAGACUGAAAACCAAUGAUUUGAUAACAUCUGUCCCUAGUUCUCAUCAGCUGAAUUUUCACACAGUCAUCUACCAUAUCGCGAAGUUUAACACAAAUAUCGUGAUUCAAGGAGUGACCCCCCUUACAUCCGAUUCACGUACAAAUGAGGAUUUUGAUCCUUUAGUGGAAAAUGUAGACCCGCGAUACAAAGCAUAUUCCGUUUUUGACGCGAAACUACUUCUUUCCAUGAGUUCCUUUCAAUUGCUCUCCUUAUACAUUUUAGCAGAAUGGAAAUUGCUUCCACUUUGGGGAAAUGGUAAUUUUCACUCAUUUUGGGAACCAUUUUUCGACGUUCUUCCAACUCGUGCUGAUUUAAGAUCAAUACCAGCACGCUGGCUAAAUGAAUAUCCGCCAGUAAAUGUUAGUUUGAUCAACCUUUUACCACAGUCCUGUUACGAAAACUCUUUGAGAAUUAGUAAGUUACUUAAUGAUGACUGGCGAUGCAUAAGUCCCAUUCUCGAGCAAUGGAAAGAAAUGUUUAAUGAAUCAAGUUCUCCAAGUCUCGCAGAUCUAUAUCAGGAGUUCAUUCAAAUUUACUUUAUUAUAAACUCAAGAUGCUUAUACAUGGAACUACCCCUGAAAACAAAUCCGGAAGAUAAUCUAACGAUGGUCCCAUUUGUUGAUUUUUUGAAUCAUGCGCCUCUCACCGAAACGUAUUGCUAUCCCAGAAUUGAUCGCAUGAAGAGAAACACAUAUGGAAUUGGAAGCUUUAGCAUAAGAUGCGGACCUCAUGAGUACGUCCAGAAAGGGGAAGAAAUAUUCCUAAAUUACGGUGCUCAUUCUAACGACUUUCUAAUAAACGAGUAUGGAUUUGUUUUAGAUGAAAAUAGAUGGAAUUGCAUUGAUAUCAGUACCGAAGUAAAGAGCAUGAUUCAAAUACCGGCUCACAAGCGUUUUUUAAUGGAAAAUGACUAUUGGGGUGAUUACACUAUUACGCAUGAAGAGAUAAGCUUUAGAGUUCUCGUAGCGCUUGCUUUAUGCUCAUCAAAUGAUAUCAGGAAGGUUGAGAAAUUCAUGAUGGGGUUCUUACCAGAUGACGUUUUUAAACCCCACCUUGAUAACUUACUGAGAAUCAUUUUAGAAAAUGUUACAGCUAAAACCAAAGAAAAAAUAGAGUCAAUUCUUGAACUUAAUGAUGUGGACGCUUUUUGUCAACAAAACGUUCUUAAAAUAUACAAGGGAUAUCUCUGCAUUUUGAGCCACCAUCUUGGGCAAGCAUAA